AUGUGGGAUGAGAGAGAGGGCCAGACAUGAGGGGUCCAGGGCCAGACACAGAGAGGGUCCAGGGCCAGACACGAGAGGUCCAGGGCCAGACACGAGAGGUCCAGGGCCAGAACGAGAGGUCCAGGGCCAGACACGAGGGUCCAGGGCCAGACACGAGGGGUCCAGGGCCAGACACGAGAGUUCCAGGGCCAGACAUGAAAGGUCCAGGGCCAGACAUAAGGGGUGAUAGGAGAGGGUCAGGGCCAGAUAUGAGAGGGGAUAGGAGAGGGCCAGACAGGAGAGGUCCCAGUCCAGACAUGCAAGAUCCAGAAUCAGACAUAAGGGGUGAUAGGAGAGGUCCAGACAUUAGAAGUCCAGGACUAGACACAAGAGGUGAUAGGAGAGGCCCAGGGCCAGACACGAGAGGUCCAAGGCCAGACAUGUGGGAUGAGAGGAGAAGGGCAGACAUGAGGGGUCCAGGGCCAGACAUGAGGGGUCCAGGGCCAGAGAGGAGAGGUCCAGGGCCAGACAGGAGAGGUCCAGGGCCAGACAGGAGAGGUCCAAGGCCAGACAGGAGAGAGCACAAUCUGUGGUAA